CAUGCCUUCAUGCGAAUUUUGAGGGGUCUGUUUCAUUGUGCAGGCCCCUGAGAUUUGUAGCUUAUAGCUUAGAGACAAGGAAACCACGAAUCCAGAAAAAGAGAAAUCUCUUAUUAAGGUCACAUUCUUCAUUGAUUAAUCCAGUGUUUUACUUAUAUUUAUAGCAUUAGAGAAAGAUCUAACGUAAAUAGAAGAAAAAGAAAGAUAUAAAUAAUGGUUCAUCAUGUUGAAUUCAUGGAUGUAGCAGACUCUGAUUUUCUUGGUCAUAAUAGAGAACUUGAUGAUGAUGACUCAGAAUUUGAGACUGUGUUUGAGAAAUAUUUUGUAUUCUCUGCUGCUAAGAACCGCUUCUUUGCCCGGAAAUUGCCUCUUCAUUUUGUCCUAGGUUCUGGAAUAGUUGCUGAUAUUAUACUGUGGAGAAAGAAGAGGAUCACAGCAAGCAUUCUAGCUGGUGUAACUGUCAUAUGGAUUAUUUUCAAGAGGAUGGAAUACACUUUAAUUAGUUUCAUUUGUGACUCUCUCGUAAUCCUAUUGGCAAUGCUAUUCCUCUGGACCCAUCUAACUUCCUUCAUUGACAUAACUCCACCUAAAUUAUCAGCACUCAUCUUACCAGAAGGGUUGCUUGUUAAUACAGCUAUUUCAAUGACAAAAAUACUUAACAAACAACUCAUAACAUUCGGGUUCCUAGCUUCCGGACGAGAUUUCAAGAAGUUUCUUAUGGUUACAUGGACAUUAGGAGUUGUUUCCCUUCUUGGCACUUGGUUCGCUGCUUCAACAAUCUUCUACAUAGCAACUGUGACAUUGAUGACAGUACCAGCAGUGUAUGAAAGAAAUCAAGAAAUUAUAGAUAUCAUUUCUGAGAAGGCGCUUAUUGAAUUAAAUAAUCGAUAUGCAGAGGUGACGAAGAAAAUUUUUGGGAAGUCCUGGCACUUGCAAGAUGGCCAUCUAGAAUAGAGGUAACACCGUAACACAAUAUAUGGUGUGGAUUCAAAUUAAUACACCACAGCGAUGUUGCUACACAGUUCUACCUCGAACCCGUGUUCAUCAAAAAGGGCGCAAGAAUGUAGAAAAUGAACUACAAUGUACAUCUGUAUUAAGAAAGCCAAAGACUCAAGUCCCUAUCAAUAGGUUGACUCGAUUCCUGAGUUCUUAGGGGCAUUGUAUAAUGAUAUGACGAAAGCUUGUAUGAUUUCA